UUGUCUCGACAUGCAGUAGUCUCGCGCAGCUGUAUUUACCUGUAGUAUAGUAACGGAAAGCCGGAUUAGCCUGCUGUGGGAAGAUCUAAGGAAAACUCGCCAAAUACUGUAUUAAACGUUGGGAAAAGCGCGUCUCCCAUUCCCGGUUGCUGUUAUGGGGGGGAUAGACCGGCGGCGGAGAGUAUCUCUGGCUCUUACCUUGAACUUCCUCGCGCUGAUUCUAGCCGUGUCUGCGUUGACUACCAGCUACUGGUGCGAGGGGACACGGAAAGUGGCGAAACCUUUCUGUACCGGACCCGUCACCACCACCAGACAGUCGUUCUGUAUCAGGUUCAACAGCUCGAACAUUAAUGAUAGCAGACUGGUCCAGUACAUCUGGGAGACCGGUGAAGAUAAGUACCUCAUGAGGAGGUUCCACACCGGGAUCUGGUUUUCGUGCGAGGAGAACGUCAAUAUGACAGGUGAAAACUGCAGAAGUUUCAUUUAUGUUGCACCUUCACACGAAAGAGGAGUGCUGUGGCUGUGUAUCGUGGCAGAGUGUCUGUAUAUUCUCCUCCUGUCCACCGGAGGCAUCCUCAUGUCCAUAGAGGCAUGUCACUUAGGAAGCGUCAUCAACGGCCUCAAACUCAACGCCUUCGCUGCCAUAUUCACUGUCCUGUCAG